AUGGCCAGCCCCUCGCCUGCCCGCAACCCCACCGAGGUGCAGAUGAGCCAACUGGUGCUGCCCUGCCACACCAACCACCGCGGCGAGCUCAGCACUGGCCAGCUGCUCAAGUGGAUCGACACGGCUGCCUGCCUCUCCGCCGAGAGACACGCUGGCUGCCCGUGCGUCACAGCUUCCAUGGAUGAUAUCUAUUUUGAGCAUACCAUUAGCCAGCCGUAUCCAAGCCCUGCUGGGCAGCGGGACGGGAGGAGCGGUGUCUGCGUUGGGCAAGUUGUCAACAUCAAAGCCAAAGUGAACCGAGCCUUUAACUCCAGCAUGGAGGUGGGUAUCCAGGUGAACUAUGAAGACCUGUGCAGUGGGAAGCACUACAGCAUCUGCAAGGCGUACGCCACCUUCGUGGCACAGGGCCCCUCCGGCAGCAAGGUGAGGCUGAAGCCACUGACCCCACAGACGGAGGAGGAGAAGAUCGAGUACAGCAUUGCUGCCGAGCGCCGCCGCAUGCGGCUGGUCCACAAGGACACUCUCAAGGACCUCCUCACCCGCAGCCCCUGUGAAACUGAGCUGGAGACACGGGAUGGCAGUGGUGCGGUACCAGCGGAGAAGACACGGGUGGAGAGCGUGGAGCUGGUGCUUCCUCCACAUGCCAACCAUCUGGGCAACACUUUUGGUGGGCAGAUCAUGGCCUGGAUGGAGAAUGUGGCCACCAUUGCAGCCAGCCGGCUGUGCCAUGCCCACCCCACGCUGAGGGCCAUUGAGAUGUUCCACUUUCGGGGACCAUCGCAAGUUGGGGACCGCCUGGUGCUCAAAGCUAUUGUCAACAAUGCCUUCAAAAACAGCAUGGAAGUGGGGGUCAGCGCCGAGGCGUAUGGCCAGGAGAUGUCUGUCAGCCGAAGGCACAUCAACAGCGCCUUCAUGACCUUCGUGGUGCUGGACCAGGAGGGCAGGCCCUGCACCCUGCCCAUGGUGGCACCUGAGCCAGGGGAUGGAGAAAGGAGGUACAGAGAAGCCAGUGCUAGGAAAAAAAUUCGGCUGGACCGAAAAUACGUUGUCUCCUGCAAACAGACCGAGGUGCCGCUCUCUGUGCCCUGGGACCAAAGCAACAAGGUUUAUCUGAGCUACAACAACGUCUCUGCACUGAAGAUGCUCAUAGCCAAAGCGAACUGGGCGCUCGCCAGGGAAAAGGAAAAGGUGCGGAUGUACACACUGGAGGAGGACAAGUUCCUGUCCUUCCGCAUUGAGAUGUCAGUCUGCAUCACAGCCAGCCGAGCCUUCUCCCUGCUCUCCAACCUGCGGCGCCGGCACGAGUGGGACAGCCACUAUGUGAGUGCUGAGCUCGUCCAGAAGGUAGAUGACGACGACAUGAUCUACCAUGUGGUGAGCCAGAUGCUCAGGCACGAGGACAAGCCACAGGACUUUGUCAUCCUGGCAUCCAGGAGGAAACCCUGCAGCAGAGGGGACCCCUACGUGGUGGCCUUUCGGUCCGUGACACUGCCUACCCAUCCUGCCAGAGCUGAAUUCACACGUGGGGAGACACUCUGCUCUGGUUUCUGCAUUUGGCCAGAGUCAGAGGAGAUGAGCAAGGUGGCUUACUACAACCAGGCUACACCAGGGUACCUCAACUACAUCACCACCAAUGUGGCAGGACUGUCCUCUGACAUCUGUGCCACCUUUGAAGCCUGUGAGAAGUUCCUG